AUGGUCAUCAAGACAGACCUGUGCAACUACACAGAGUACAGGAUCUACCCUGGACAUGGUCAGAAGUUUGUGGCGAAGGUCAACUUCUUCAUUUCUGCCAAAGCGGACUCGCUGUACCACCAGCGCAUCAAGCCAGUGAAGCUCCGCUGGACUCAAGCCUGGCGUCGGCAAAACAAGAAGGGCAAGGUCGAGGAGGGUGGCAAGAAGAAAGCCCGGAAGGCCCAGAAGUUCCAAAAGGCUAUCGUCGGCAUGUCUCUGGAUGACCUCAAGAAGAAGAAGGCGAUGAGGCCCGAGCUGCGCCAGGCAAGGGAGCAGGCUGCGAAGGAGGCCAAAGCCAAGCAGCAGGCAGACAAGAAGAAGGCUGCCUCCAGCAAGCAUGCGGUGCCCAAGGGCAAGGCCGACAAGGGCGCGAAGCUUCCCAAGGGCGGAGGAGCGCCUGCUGGCGGUGCGGUAGUGAUCUUACACCAUGCCACCACCAUCAGGGAAGGAUACCAGGCCAUGAUCCAUUGUGGCAUCAUUCGCCAAUGUGCGGCUGUCAAGAACAUGUCCUGUGAAUUGUUGCGCUCUGGAGACAAGGCCAUUGUGACGUUCCGCUGGUGCUAUCAUGCGGAAUAUGUCUGUCUGGGUGAGACUCUUCUUUUCCGCGAGGGUCGCACCAAAGGCAGGCUGCUGACCGCAUGA